AUGGCGAAUAUAAUGUUUUUGUAUCAGCCUGUUGGAACCGGUUUCUCCUACAAAAGAACUUCAAUUACUGAGAAAAUCAGUGAUACUGUAGAAAUUGUUCGGGUUCAUGAGUUUCUUCAGAAGGUGUGGCUAAACAAGCAUCCUGAGUUUUACUCCAACCCUUUUUACGUCGCUGGAGAUUCUUAUUCUGGUAAGAUCAUUCCGGGCCUCGUUCAAAAGAUCUCAAAAGUUAUGUUUUAUUAUUACAUGAACAAACGGAUUGAUGAGCAUUUUAAUAUGAACCGUUAUUUAAAGGCGAUUUCGAGAGACAUGGCUUAUUCUACACAAACAACAUCACCUCAAAGGCAUAUUUAA